AUGGCAAAAGCAGCCUUCUUCCCUCUCGCCUUGGUGGUGGCGUUCCUCGGUUUCAUGGCGGCUGGCGCUCAGGCUGCCGAGGCGAAACCAGAGGACUGCCCCUAUUGGGUCGGCUACGGUCCUGUGGGUUUGUCGUCGGGAGAUACCGUCUGCGCCUUGAACGGCAAUCUGGGCGACAGUUUCGAUGUGUCUGGCGGGCCCGCCGUCAGCUCCUGCGCGGACAUUCUGUUUAAGAUCAUCGACGUCCUUUACAAGAAGCAAGGCAGCUACCAAUGGGCUGACGUGAUGGAAUUCAUGAGCAAGGAAGCGUUCUCAAUGCUAGACCCUGCACUUAGGAAAAUGCAGUUCAGGGAGAGCGUUGACCUUCGUGCGGUCGAGGCGAAUGCACUGUCCAUGGUGAAGGUCAUGCCCGGCCAGUUCGUUCUGAUGGACAUCGUGCUUGACACUUGGGUUGGCCCCAAAGUGCGCUUCUCGAGUGGCUGGGCCCUCGACAGUGUCAGUACUAUGCCCGGGGGCCGCAAGCUGGCAGCUGCUUCUGACGGCCGGAAGCUGGCGGCCGCGAUGAAGUGGAAGCUGAUGUCGGUUUCUAAUAUCUUCCUCUUUUGA